AUGGAUAACGGCUGGAUAAUGGAUCAUUUCAAAGGCAAAUCCCUCUCCAGUGGCGGUGUUUAAAGAUCAGGGGGUGAGGACUCCCCUCUCUCACAUGAACCAUGCACUGCCUCUGGACUCCAGCACUCUUACAAACUCUCAUUCAUUGCUUUUUCUUCAUCACAGGGCUGUUUGAUAAAGCCGCAGCGUUCAGCAUUAAGCAGGGAGGGGACGGAGGAGCUCCACCCGGAUGAAGUGGCUCAGUGGUGGGGUGAAUGGAGCAGCUGGUCGACCUGUAGCUGGACGUGUGGUGGAGGCGUUCGCUCACAGGAGCGCCACUGUCUGCAGCAGAGGCUCACUACCACGCACAACAUUAACAGUUCCUUCUGUGCUGGAUCGCAUAAGCAGUAUCAAUUGUGUACUAACCAGCCUUGCCCAAACAGCAGAAUUGGCUUCAAACAGCACCAGUGCUCCCAGUUCAACUCCAAAGCUUUCAGCAGGAAACACUACGAGUGGGUUCCCCUCUAUCCAGAUGAUUACAUCAGCAUUUCCAGCAAGCCGUGUGACCUGCAGUGCACCACCACCACGGGAGAGAGACAGCUAUUGGUUCCGGCACACGACGGGACCUUUUGCAGGAAUGGUGUCUACAAGGGCGUCUGCAUUGAGGGCCAGUGCCAGGUGGUGGGGUGUGAUGGGAAACUGUACUCCAGUAAAUCUGUAGACAAAUGUGGCAUCUGCGGUGGAAACGGUGACACCUGCUACCGGAUCUCAGGAUCUUACCGGAAAGGGAUCACACAGUUAGGCUAUGCCUUUAUAACUAAUAUACCUGUUGGAGCCACGGACAUCCAGAUUGUCGAGCGGCGAAAGACUGAAAACAUCUUGGCUCUGUCUGAUGAAGCUGGCCACUUCUUCUUUAAUGGAAACACUGUAAUCGACAACCCGCGCAACUUCCCCAUAGCAGGAACAGUGUUUAAGUACCGGAGGCCAGUUAACCUCUUUUCAGACGGCUUUGAGUACAUCAUAGCCCAGGGUCCUACCCAGCAGGGCCUGAACGUCAUGUAUUACAACCUUAAUGGAAAGAUGCCUCACAUUACGUACGAGUACACGGUGCCUCACGUAUCCUCCACCCCAGCAUCAUCCACCCAGGAGCAGCCUCCACUGGCAAGCAUGAUUGCCAACGCCACCUAUUCCCAGCUCCCCAUCACCAGGAAUGAGGUGGAGGCUCGGAAUGAGAACAGGGAGGAGGAGGAGGAGGAGGAGAAGAACCAGAGUACAUCUCUGGAUCCUAAGAGGAACAUGGAGGCACAUGGAGAUGUUCGGUGGGAGCACCAGGCUCCUUGUAACCUCAGUGAAAAUCCUGAGAUGCUGCGCCUUAGAGCGUCUGGCGAAGUCCUCCGUAAUGAGCUGGGAAAGCAGGACGGCUUUGGCUCCAGAUUUAACCUGAUUGAAAGCGACUCGUCUAGUGUGACUAAUGAGACACAGCCCAUGGCAAAAAGUGGGAAGAGCAAUCUGUAUAAGCUGCAGCCUUGUGUGGAGAGUACAUCCAUCUCUGACUGUUCCACGCUGAAGCUCAACUCGAACUCCUCCAUGAAGAACAACCUGCCUCUGCCGAUCCAUACAACGACCCAGAGAGAGCCUGAAUUCAAGCCUGAGUUGAACAGCACCUCGCAGCACAGACCUCAUCUCCUCCCGCUCCAGCAGGGGGCACCAGAGCGCCUCCCACUCACUGACAGUAAUGAGUUUGAGGUGGUGUCUCUCGACCACGAUGUCAGUCUGGCAGGCGUGUACAGAUGGAAGGUAUCUGCGUACGCACCCUGCAGUUCAACUUGUACCACAGGUAUCAGCACAGCGUAUGCUUUGUGUGUAAGAUAUGAUGGUUCUGAGGUUGAUGAGAGUUACUGUGGUGCUUUGACUCGACCUGAGCCCACGUACGAGUUCUGCACAGGCAGAGAGUGUCCACCCAGGUGGGAGACGAGCCGCUGGAGCGAGUGCUCUCGGACAUGUGGUGAGGGCUUUCAGUUUCGGACGGUGCGCUGCUGGAAGAUGAUGGCACCAGGCUUCGACAGCUCUGUGUAUGACGAUCUGUGCCACGCUGCCGAGCUGCACAAGCCCAUGGCACGCAAAUCCUGCAGAAGCAAAUCCUGCGGCCCUCAGUGGGAGGUGUCUGACUGGUCCGAGUGCUCAGCACGAUGUGGGCGCCGUGGUGUGAGGACCAGAGAGGUGCGAUGCUCGAUGGAUGCCCACCUGUGUAACGAGUCCACACGGCCCAUCAGUCAAAGGGAGUGUGACGGACCACCAUGUGACCGCAGGUGGACUGUGUCAGACUGGGGACCGUGCUCAGGGUCGUGUGGAGAAGGCCGCAUGAUGCGUUACGUGGUGUGUAAGAGCGGGAACGGGAAGGUGAUCUCUAAUGGUCACUGUGAUCAGGAGCGGAAGCCCCUCGCCGUGCAGCCGUGUGGAGCUCCAAACUGUCCCGCACACUGGGUGGAGCAGGAGUGGGAACAGUGUAAUGCGACGUGUGGGCGUGGGGUAAAGAACAGACAGGUGGUAUGUGCUGGACUCGAAGCUGGCGUGUUUAAGGAGUUUCCUGAUCAUGUGUGUUCUCACUCAACCAAACCCGAGGAGAGAGCUGCGUGCUUCGAGAGGCCUUGCUCCAAAUGGUUCACCACUUCCUGGUCUCAGUGCAGUAAGACAUGUGGGAGUGGCGUGAGAGUGCGGGAAGUGAGGUGUUACCAGGGAGAGGAGAUCGGCCACAGCUGUGACUCCACACUGAAACCUCUGGCCAGACAGAGCUGUGAGGUACAGGCCUGUCCUACUGAGGCACCAGUGGAAGAUGUUUGUGAGGACAAAGCGACAGCGAACUGUGCGCUGGUGUUGAAAGUAAAGCUCUGCACACACUGGUACUACAGGAAGGCCUGCUGUCUGUCCUGCAAGACCAAAGGUCACUAA